GCGAGUGGCUGUAUUCAUCAGGGUAUUCUUAUUCUUAUUCAAAACUGACCACAAAAUCAUUGGAGCAUAUGACAAGCUUGGAUGUUAGACGGCCAAAUUGAGGUCGGUGGAUGCAACGCCAAACCAGAGCCAUCAAUAUUAUUUGUGACUCUACAUCUCUUGGCACAGAAAUGGGCCCCCCACCCAGAAUAUUAUAUAUAUCUGUAUGUAUUCGAUAGCCAGGGCUUUUGAAAUUCAGGUUGCCAGCUGCAAAUCGGGAGAGAAGGGGGCGAAAAGCAAAAAGAAAUUAACGAAGUGAAGGCUUUCAAUUAAUAUCUAAAGGCUGUCUACUAUGUCUGGUAAAUCCAAGUCACGGAGUUGGCUGCUUGGAAAACCGCGGAUGAAUGGUCAAAAUGCAGAUAUUGCUGUGAUGUCAAAAGAUCUGCAUUUGCUAUCCAACUUUCAAAGGAGUUCAGAACCGGCAAAUUUACUGUAUAAAAGCAUGGAGGCAGAAGAUAUUAAGAUUUAUAAUCAUGCCAGAAGUGACAGCAAUGUGUCUUUCUAUAAUGGCUCUUACAUUGAGGAACUUUUACAUCUGGAAGUUACAUGUAGAGAGCUGAGAGAUGAAAGGGAGACAUUACAAACAUCACUGUUAAUGGAACAGUUCAAGAAUCGUCAAACCUUUAAGGAUGCUGAAGCCAAGGUGGAUGAAUUGACUAAAGCUCGUGAAAGAGAUGAGAGACACAUUCAGAACUUAGAGCUGGAACUAAAGAAAUUUUCAGAACGCUUAGGACAUUUGCAGGAGGACAUAGAAAUGAAGAAUGCACAAGCAAAUAUAGCAGUUCAGCAUGCACACAGUCUUGAAAUGAAGCUUGCAGAUUCAGAUAAAUUACAUGACAAAGUCGAACAUUUGAGGGAAGAGCUUGCAAAGUCUGAAGCUGAUCGUUUAGCUUUAAAGCAAGAGCUAGAAAGAAAGCACAGUACAAUGAGCCAGUUGGAAGAGAGAAUUUUGGAAAACUCUCUAAAAUUUGAGUAUGAAAUGCAGAUUAUUAGACAAGAUCUAGUCAAGGCAGAGCAGAAGAAUAUUUCUGCUAAGAGUGCCAAUGGAGAACAAGCUGAAGAGAUGAAGCAGACUCUAAGGUUGAUCAACAGCCUUGAAGAUCAGCUCGAGAGGGCCCAGCAGACCAUUGCUUGUUUGCAAAAUGAAAGUCAACAUUUGCAAGAAGACUUGCAAAAGGCAGAGGCAAAAACAAAUGAUUUUUUCCAUAGGUUUCAGGAAUACCUUGAUCAAUGGUUGAUGAAAUGGAAGGCUUUUGAACCUGUCAAUGGCACAGAAAGUGAUAAGAGUGUUACUGAUAUGACAGGGGACAAACUAAUAGAGGACACACAGUACAGUAAUAUCUUGACAAGCAAUGAGGACAUUGAGACUCUACUUUCCAAACUGGUGAUGGUAAAGAACAUGGAGGAGAAAUCUACUGAAGAAACUGGGAGCAUGGAGCAGCAGCUAUCUCAAUUGCAUGCUACAGUUUUCCAAUUAAAAGAGGAGCUUAGAGAAGAGAAAAAGAAGGCAAAAGAAGAAGCAGAGGACUUGACUCAGGAAAUGGCUGAAUUAAGAUAUCAGCUAAUGGAAAUGCUGGAACAAGAACGUGAACUUCGUGCUUUCACAGAGCAGAGAUCUUGGGACAGGAUUGAGCAGCUUGAGGCUCAGCUAGAAGAAGAAAGACAGCGAAUGUUGGGAGCAUUAGACCAUUGCCAUCAAUUUGAAAAAGUUUCUGAGGCUCAAGCAAAGGAAAUUGAACAGUUGAAACAUUCUUUGAAUGGCUUCAACGAAAUGGAAGAGGAGCUGACAAAUUCACAGAAUAAUGAGGCUCAAUUAAGAGCAGAAUUGGCAGAGCUAGCCGCUCAAGUGGAUCACCUAAAUGAAAAGCUUGUAGCAGCAGAACAGGAAGUACAGGCUGGCAAUGAGCAACUUGUUACAGUUUUAAUUCAAUAUGAAGAACAGCAUGGUUGGAUGAAAGAUGAAGCAGAUGCUGCAAAUAAGAGUUUUGCAGAUCAACUUGAUUAUGUAAAAUAUUCAUUGGCUGAGAAAACUGCUGAACUUGAUGCUGUUCAUGAAAAUAUAAUUAAGUCUCGAAGGGUCUCCUCUCAGAGUAACAGCCUUGGGCCUGGAUGUAUAGAACCUGAAGUGGCUCUGGCAAGACAAGAAGAUGACUUGAAGCAUGAGGAAGAGCUCCAUUCUGUAGAUGAGCAGAAGCAGAGAGAAAUGCAUAGAUCCUUUCAAGAGGCUCUUCGCAAGCUCUCCAUUGUUGAAACUGAACUUGAUAUUAGAAAAAAGGAAAUUGAACAUCUUAAACAAAGUAAACAAGAAACAGAGCAGCAGUUGUCUGUAAGUUUGAAGAAGAUACAGGAUAAGGCAUGCUCCAUCCAGAAACUCCAAGAUAGGAUGGUGGAACAAGAAAAGUUAUUACAUCUUCGUGAAGAGGAACUCAAUUCUCAAGCAGAUGAAAACAGAAAAGUAUCUGACCAUGUUGCUGCCCUUGUGUGUGAAGUUCAAUCUUUGCAGCAAAGUCUCGUGCUAUCUCAAUCAAGUAUUGAAGAGUUGAGAUUAAAGCUUGAUCAUGCCAAACAAGCUACAGUUUCUGAAAUGAGGAAGGCAAGCAAAUUUGAGGAAGAGGCAAGAUACAAAACUGAAAAGAUUGCAAUGCAGAAUGAGAAAUUGGUACAAUCACAAGUAAAAUAUAACAAUUUAUAUAAGAAAAGUUCUUAUUUGCAAUCAGAGUUUAAUAAUUCUCAGAGAAAGGAGAAAGAAGCACUAUCCCAGAUUGAGAGGUUAAAUUUGGAAUUAUCACUGGCAAAAGAGGAAGUGGUCAAAUCUGAAGUUAGAAUGCAAAAUGUUCUGAAACAAGCUAAGGAGCAGAUAAAUUCUGAAAGGAGGAGAUAUGAUGAGCUAGUCAGUUCCCACAAACAAGCUGAAUGGUUCUUGAAUAAGUGCUUUGAAAAGGUAGAAAACCUAGAAAAAUAUUAACUGAAGGUGCAGGAGUUUUGAAUGCUAUUAAACAAGCUCAUUUGAGAUGUAAAUUGGAGGCAGAUUACAGCGGGCUAAAGAAUCUGCAUAAUGACUAGAAGGACAGUUGUAGUCAGGCCCAGGUUUCACUAAACUCAAAUUCUAUUGAAGAAGCUUACUACUGGUGAGUGUUGUUGAUUGCAUAGAAGCAGAUAUCCUUACAAAAUAUCAUGAUAUAUUAAAACAUAUAUCUUUUCUCGGCAGGGUUCCUGAGAUUUUCUUGAAAAUAUCUUUGACCAAAAGUUUUACGAAUGUAAAUCAUUGGUGAUGUCACUGAUAACAUUGCAGUAAAUUAGAUAUUUUCUAUACAAGCAUGAGAUUACAAGUUAUGGUCAAUCUAUUUUACAACUUUUAUAAAUGGGCUAUACACCUUGAAUGGUGUAAAGAGCUGUUAAGAUUUCCAGCUGCCAUCAUUGAAUAGCAAUUAGAUCUGUUGCCAAAGGACAUCAGCAGCUAUUGCUAUCAUUAUUUUCAAAAGUGAAUGUGGUUAUCUACAGUCAUGAAGGCACUUGGUAUAAUUGAGUUUAGAGAACUUGUGAAUAGGGAACAUGACUGUCCUUAUUGUGAUUAGUGACUCCGACUGUGGCCUUUGAUAACGGAGAACACUGCUGUCAUUGUUCAUGAUUCGUGAGCAUAGCCAUUACUAGAUAAAACUGUCAAAUGAUUAUGCUAUCCUUUGACUUGUCAUUGUUGUUGCAUCACAAACAUUAGUGCUGUCGUUGACAUGCUGUCAUUUCCACUUAUCAAUGGAUAUUGUUGUCAUUAUUUCA